GUUUGUUAAUGCUUGUGGCUUGAGUGUGUUAUAAACUGCCGUGUCGCGGGGCAUAGGCUGUAUUCUCCCCCAGUGUACGCGUUUUGUUCCCGCCGUAGACUAUGCAGAGUGCCGUCGGAAAGAGGACUGCUAUUAUUCUUUUAUUGCUUAUGUGGGCCGCCAUCGGUAAUAGUGCAACACCAAGGCAACCCGUGGUCACGGCGUGAAUGAAUCCACCUCCAUGACCCAAGGCCAAAAAUCAGAUUAAUAUACUGACCAUUCAGAGAAUGGCCUACCAGAUAUUAAACUGAUAAGAACAGAUACUACACUUGAUCUUAGCCAUUAGGCCGAGAAGCGAUAAAGAACAAGCGUUGCCAUGAUAGGCAUCGUCCACACACCGUAACUGCUUGUGGAGCAUGUCACGUUACUGUAAAGCUUACAACUGUCACCGCGUACGGAUGGACGGCGACAUAGUAAAAAUCACGGCUGUUGAUUUAGCCGUAGGAUGGAGAGCGACUGUAGCGAGUGGAUGGUAACUUACAUGAAUGCUAACAAAGGCGACGAUACUAAGUGCGUGAUAUUACUUUCCAAUAUGUCUGCGUACAUUCCGUUUAUCAACGCAUUACGCCAGAACGUGCGCGCGCGUUACACAGUAGACCAUGCAGCCGAAAUGCGACAGUGCGACCCUGCCAGGAGUCGAACCUGGAAUCCCCUGAUUCGUAGUCAGAUGCCUUAUCCAUUGGGCCACAGGGCCAUGCUUAUGACUUCGCCCCAUCGUCAUUUUGGCUUGCGCAUUCGUUUUACUUACGACAGAAUUCUUCGUGUUUGUAGCCAUGAAAGAAAGGGACUUCUGUGAGUGAAUUUUUUUACUGUGGUCUAAUAAAAAAGUCGAAACGCAGUGCCCAAUAUAUGAAUUGCUCCUAAUAGCCGGAAACAGGCCGUGUCGAUGAUGUAGGCCGACAUACGCAACGCAAACCAAAGAACGCUUUAUGAAAAUCCUAACACGAGCGCGGAAGAAGCCCAAAUUAACAGACUAGAUGUAAUGCUGAAGACCUCAAACUCCAGCAGCUUCUCUUGCAGACUAUUGCGUCGUACUACAAAUAAAAAUUAACAUGCUUUCGCAUAGUCGCGGCACCCAAAACGGACAUUAUACGAUGUACAGAAACACACAUUUCUGUUUUCGCGCCAAAUCAAUUCCCGGGAGUGGUACUUUUACGUCCGCAUACUUCGCACCGUCUUAAAUUAUAUCUCAUUUACACGGUAAUGUUUAGUAUACUUCUACUGUGAUAACAAGCAUCGUUUAUCGUUGGAUUGUUGUAAGAAAACAUUAAAAAUGAGUGAAGCAGCUUCUCCAAAGAAAAUCGCACCCAAGAAGAAACCUGCUGCAAAGAAGACAGCUGAUCACCCUAAAUAUGUGGACAUGAUCAAGGCUGCUAUCGCUACCCUAAAGGAACGCGGUGGUUCAUCUCGCCAAGCUAUUACAAAAUAUAUUCAUGCAAAUUACAAAGUUGCUGAAAACUCAGAUCAUCAUCUGAAAAUGGCUCUUAAACGAGGAGUAACAUCAGGCGAUUUGAUUCAAACUAAAGGCACUGGUGCUUCUGGAUCAUUCAAGCUAGGUCAGGUAAAAAAAGAAAAACCUAAGAAAAAGGCCGCAGCAAAAAAGCCAACGGCAAAGAAGCCUACUGCAAAGAAAAGUACACCAAAAAAGAAGCCAGCAAAGAAGAGCACGCCAAAGAAAGCAGCAAAGAAGCCUGCCACAAAGAAAGCCUCGGCUAAGAAACCAGCAGCUAAGAAACCCACAAAGAAGCCUGUUGCUAAAAAACCUGCAGCAAAGAAGGUCAAAAAGACUCCCAAAAAGGCAGCAAAGAAGACCGCAAAAAAAUAAUUUGUGUGUAUCUGGCUAUUACAUUAACAAACGGCUAUUUUUAUAGCCACACAUUUACAAAAAAAACAUUAUCUUGGUACAAAGUUAAACUUGUUUAAGUCACUUAAACAGUUAAAAAAGAGUAAAUUUAAGAUUAGAUUCCCUAAGUUUAAGUAUUUUCGUUUUUAAAUUUCUUAUUUUCUUGCUUUUACUUUUCUUGCCCUUCAUAUUUU